ACCAACUCAGAGCAUUACCAUCAUCUUGUGCUUCUUUCUCAAGAGAACCGAACCCUUGCGAAACGAGAGGGUUGAACUUGAAAGAAGGACAACCGCCACCGCCACCGCCACCGCCGCCGCCGCCGACGACGACGACGAGGAGAACAACGACGGCGACGAGAUGGGAGUGGAUUACUACAAGGUCCUUCAGGUCCCACGUAACGCCACCGAUGAGGAUCUCAAGAAGGCCUACCGCAAGCUCGCCAUGAAGUGGCAUCCUGAUAAGAACCCUAACAACAAGAAUGAAGCUGAGGCGAAGUUUAAGCAGAUCUCUGAAGCGUAUGAUGUUCUUAGUGAUCCGCAGAAGCGUGCAGUGUAUGAUCAGUAUGGGGAGGAAGGGCUCAAGGGCCAGGUUCCGCCGCCUGGAGCCGGAGGAUCAUCUUUCUUUGGUGGUGGUGGUGGCGGUGGUGGUGGUGAUGGAGGUCGGUUUAAUACGAGGAGCGCGGAUGAUAUAUUUGCCGAGUUCUUUGGGUUCACAAGCACGUCCGGAGGCAUGGGCGGUGGAAAAGGUGGGUCGAGAUUCCCCGGUGGGAUGUUUGGGGAUGACUUCUUCUCAUCGGCGUUUGGUGGAGAGGCUUCGCAGUCACGGCAGCCACUGAAGGCUCCGCCUAUUGAGAACCAGCUGCCUUGCAGUCUUGAGGACUUGUAUAAAGGGACCACAAAGAAGAUGAAGAUUUCCAGGGAUGUCACUGAUAUGAGUGGGAGAACCACUCCUGUGGAGGAAAUCCUCACAAUUGAAAUAAAGCCUGGGUGGAAGAAGGGGACUAAAAUCACAUUCCCAGAGAAAGGGAAUGAGAUGCCCAAUGUCAUUCCUGCAGACAUAGUCUUCAUCAUUGAUGAGAAACCACAUAGUAUAUAUAGCCGUGAUGGAAAUGAUCUCAUUGUAACACAGAAAAUCUCUCUGGUGGAAGCCCUGACAGGUUACACUGUCAACCUGGUAACUCUUGAUGGUCGGAACCUCAGCAUCCCCAUAAACACAAUAAUCCAUCCUGGCUACGAAGAAAUAGUGCCCAGGGAGGGCAUGCCAAUUCCAAAAGAUCGGACAAUGAGAGGAAACCUGAGGAUCAAGUUCAACAUCAAGUUCCCAAGUAGACUGACUGCAGAGCAGAAAGCCAGUAUCAAAAGAGUGCUGGCUCCAUGAGAUAAUGCUGCUUUAUGUUUCUGCUGUGAGGAUCUCUGAUUAUGAGAUGUGCUAGGUUCAUAUUUAUUAAUUUUUUUCUUGUUCGAAUAGUAUUUUAGGGUACUGAAGUUAUUCUAUGAUUUGUUUGGGUUUAACAAUUUAAUUUAGGAUUUUGGGCACUGAUAUUGUUUCUACAAACAAGUGAAAUAUCAUGAAAAUCUGUGAGAAAAGUCCAAUGGUGUCUUAUUGGUCGAUCUAUUUUC